AUCAAAGCAUCACAACUUGCACCACAACACCAUAAACAUUAAUAUUAUAUCAUAUCAUAUCAUAUAGAGACACGAUCGUCUCUACUCUGUGGUGAAAUGUGGUUGUGAAUCAAAGAGGGGAUGUGAUUCUCAAAAUUAAGAUGAAGACUUGGGUAUCGUUGUGAAAGUUGGGAGAGUGAUCGAGUGGGUUGCUAACACGUAUUGAGAAGUUGGUUGGGUCCACGGUAUGUUUCGAUAAAUCGCGGUUAAGACCAAACCAGAUCAAGAGAGAGAAAAAUCAUUUAAUAUAGACCAUAUACCAGAUCAGAUCAUACUUAAUGGUCUACGGUCCAAACCAAACUGUACAGUCUGGUUUAGAUCAUGGUUUUUCAAACGGUCUGGUCUAUUUUCCCAACCCUAAUAAUAAUCUUAUUCUAACAACUCGAGUUAUUAGGACCAACAUGACAGAUACGAGGAUCAACCAUUUUUUAGCUGGUGGUGGGGCUUGAUCAUAAUUGAGACUCCGCCAUAAAAGUAUUGGUCCAACAACUGAAUCGGAUUUGGGGUAGGAGAGUGAACUGAUCAUCAGCCGAAUUUAUUUAUUUAUGAAUUAUGAUGGAUGCUUUGUGUCUUGUCAUUUAUGUGCUUGCUGCUGCCUUCCUAAUGAGUUAUUUGGCUUUCUCGUUGGAUAGAAGUAGUACUUGGGCAUCAUUAAGAGCGGUAGGUAGCUUAGCUUGCUAGUGAGAACGAUCAUUUGACCACCGCCAGUAGGUAAAGCACCCAUCUCUCAAAGUCUCAAACUCUCCGCGACAAAUUUUUAUGAAGGUGGCCAUGGCUGGGUUAACCAAUAAUUACUACAACCGACUAAAAAGCAAAAUAAUUUUAGGUUACCAGAAAGUUCAUUUGUUGAUAGUAUGUUACCCUUGGGCUUAUUCGGAUUGCUACCCAAAUUGAGGCCCACAUAGCCCAACUAGACCCAAUAGACUAAGCAAGCCCAACGAGACACGCGGGAGCGUAAAGCGUGCAAAUAAGACUAGAGACAUGGCAGAUAGUGAAGUAGGCAUCCCGGCCCGUUGGCCGGAUACAUUAUAUCAAUAAUGUAAACAAUCAUAGUAAUUAUUUGAGAAAACUACAUUUUUAUCAACUACCAUAAAAGAGUUCAAUUAUUCAUUAUUGAAAAAAGAGCAUGGAUCAUAAAUAUUUGACAGACUAACAAAUUCAUCAACUAACGCUAUUAACGGAAGUUAAAAAAUUAUACAAGGGAAUCAGCUCCUAAAAACUUGCUUCAUCCACAACAAUAAUAACGCCUUCAUUUUCGUUCACGACACCUUAUUUCGACUAUGAGCAAUAUAUACAAUUUAACAUUCUCUUCCUUCUUCGGCAGUGGGUCUCGUCCUUGUAUAUGUUUCUUUCUUCUUUUCUUUUUUCUUUUUUCUUCAAGGGUUCUUCGUUUGGUAUUUCGGCUCUUCUUUUUUGCUUCCUUUUGGUUUUGCAGGCCUAUGAAGAAACAGGGGCCUUCUGGCGGGCUUAGUUUCCUUGGUAGGCCUGGUUCGGUUUGCACCUCUCGUGCGUUCUUGUACUAGGAACUCACUUGUUUUGUUUUUGUUUAUUGCCCUUAUAAAAAAAAACAUUCUCUUCCUUCUUCUCCUAAAUUUCAUUGAAAGCAACAUUUAAUGCUAAAUAUUUUUCAAAUAUGAAACAUAAUUUAGAUAUGACAUGUUCAAGUAAAGAAUAAUUUUACGAUUUACUCUUACUCGCUAAUACAAUUCUAUCGCCACAAUGAAUUGCGUCUUCUUUCUUCUCAACAAUAUCAUUAUCUCCGUAACUGAAUAUACUACUUCCAUCAUUAAAAGACUCUUCUCCUCCUCCUAAAUAAUUGAAAGCAAGAACUCAAAAAAAAAUCCUCCUGAAACUUUUUUUCAUACUAUUUUAGUUUUUACUAUAUACUACAUGCAGAGAUAAACUUUCCUCUAAUCAAUUACUUCAAAUUUUGAAAUUAUUUGAAUGGAGUUGGAAAUAAAUGUUUGCUUUUUGCAGGAGUUAACAAAACGAAUGCUUAUAUUUUUGGUUGUGGAUGUCAAACUCCAACUAAAAAGUAUUUAGAGUCUUGAUGAAAACUUUGAUCGUCCAAUAGUUAUAAUAUGUGAUGUACUUUUUGUGCAUUAUAAUUGUCGAUCACAUUCCUAUUCAGAUUAAUCGUUUAAAAGAAAUAUGUCUAUAAAAAUAGAAACUUGAUGUGAAUUGAAUGAUUGAGCUUGUGAUUAUUCAAUUCGACUAACUUGAUGUGAAUUUGACAUGUCUAACAUAUGUGUCGCCUUUUUGUGUUGACCAAUAGAAGAGAUAUACUAAACAGACUCGCUUUACCUAGAGUUUAGAGUGACCAUAGUUAUAGCAAAUUACUUCUGAUUAGCUUAUUUUUUUGCUUGCCCAUUAUUUAAGUACGAUAAAGUAAAAUGCUAUAACCUUAAACUAAAAAAGGAAAAGGAUUAUGCCGAACAAAUAUAAAAGAAGCUGAAGGCCAACCUACUACUGGAAUCCUAUCUCCCUCACGAGUCAUGCCUCAACGUCCACGAAUAAAUAAAAUGAGAUUGUAAAAGUAGAAGGUCGCUUAUAACCUUCGUGAAGUAUGCUCAGGCCUGCAAUUUAUGUUUUAACUCACACCUGACGAGGAAUUUUCUUAUACGAGUGGGUAGAAGUACGUCUGAUAGGACAUACGGAGUGUUAAUUAUGUAGCUACUGACGGAGCAUUAAAUGCGAACGUGAGCGUGGCCUCAGGAAGGUGAUUCCCAGUACACGCAUAGCAGAGCAUUAAAUGCUCGUACAAAUGACCAUUGGCUACAAAUACCACUCAACCAUAUAAUUUAAUGGUAACUGACCAACCCCAAUCUCUCUCUACUUUCUUUCUCUAAAAUACGUUCUAACUUGCUCUUUGGAGAGUGUCCGAGGCCCCCACCUCCGUACCAUUGCUGUAGGGUCAAGGUCACCGGCAAGCGUCCGACAGGAGGCAAGAUCUUAGCAAAAGUGGUCACUCGAUCAAUACGUCUGGUACCUUCUAGGCUUAAACAAUUUGGCACCACCGUGGGGCAACAUUUUGAAAAGAUCCUAGUCUUCUUGUCGCUAGCAAUGGUGGGAGAUUUGACAACUCCGCUCAAGGGAGUAAUCAACACACAGAUGCUGGGGGGCUCUCACCCCAAAUCGAAGAUGAAAUGGAUCUAGAGGACCAAGUUAAUGGGCAUGGGAAGUAGAUUUCCGAGAUAAUGGAUAGCAUUGGGAAAAUUUUGGCCCUUAUGAGCGAGGAAAGGAAGCAAGGAGAUGCCCGCCCAGAAAGCUCCGCAGCAAAGAAGGGCAAGGGAAAACAGAAGGCGUUGGUCAUCGAAGAAGAUCCAUACGAUGUGGAAACGGAGGAAGACCAGCCGGAGGCGGAUCUAAGCUUAUUGGAGGAACACCUGCAAUCGUGUUUUGGAAAAGGGAGCGGAAAGGGAAGGCCAACGUACUGCACAACCCGCUGGCGAAGGGACUAUUCAAGAACCUGAUACUUUUCAUUGUUAGGACUACCAACGUAUGAUGGAAGCUCUGACCCCAGUGAUCAUCUAAGCGCAUUCACCCUGAAGAUGCAGUUGAUCAACGCCUCAGAUGCAGAUCUGUGCAAAGCCUUUCCAAUAACCGUUGGGGGGCGAUGCAGGACGUGGUUCAUAUCGCUUUCGUAGGGAAUCAUCGAGAACUUCGAACAAUUCACAAUGUUGUUUUCAUUGAAGUUUGCAUUCUAGAUACGCCGCAAAAUGAUGGUAUCCGCUUUGAUUAAUUGCCACUAGGGGACGAAGAGACGCUAACUGAAUUCUACGACAUGUGGAACACGAUAGCGUGUAAAAUUCAAGGAAUUACACCUGGGGUCGCGGCGGGAAAUUUAAUAAUGUCCCUCUGUAGCAAAGAAAUCCAAUGAGAGUUGAUCAAGAAGGAGCAUUUCUUGAAUACAUGGCCAGAGUUGAAUAACCUAGUCCAGCGAGCCAUAACUUUGGAAGAGACCCUGGCCACGGAAGAGGCAAAUGCUCUUACGGGUGUGAAAGAGGGAGAGAAAGACUGCGCGAAGGGAAGAAAUGGAAUCGCUCGCCAUCGCGCAUGGGUAGAUCGCUCGAGCAUCUUAAUCUCAAGGCAAAAUAUAUUGAGACGAAGGGUGCAGAGAAGUGUACGUAACAGGAAGAUAAGGAGAGGAACAUCCUCCCGGGCACAGGAAGAAAGAGGCAAAAUCAAGGAUCCAAGGCAGCAAGAGACUAGUCAACCGUAAAUUGUGCGACUGGCAACAGAGAGCGACACAUAACACCGCGGACUAUCGUGAUAGGCUGGAGGCUAAGAGGCAGGAGAAAAAAGAAUGCAAAAGGUCAUGGUCAUCGAGACAAAGACACAGCCGAUCCCCCCGGGAUCUUUCCAGGUCAAGAGAUCGACGACGGUCACGCUCUUUGAGAAGAAAUCGGUCCAGGACUUCAAUGCGAAACCGGCCCCCAUCACCACCCCAAAUGUCACGGAACGGGAGGCAACAUCAUCAUGAUGAAGAUGACCUAGAAAUCAUAACUAUCGCCGGCGGGUCGCAAUAAGACACCUCAAGUGAAUGAGGGGAAAACCACUAAGGUUCUCGCAUUGACAACCGGACUGCCCGCCAAAGUGACAUUCAACUCUUCAGAGCCCGUCGAUCCGGAUGCGGCGGAGGAUCCCCUAGUCAUCGCAUUCCGCAUAGGAAAAUAUAAAAUCACAAGAAUGCUCAUUGACAAAGGGAGCUCGACCGACAUUUAGUUUUUCUCAACAUUGAAGAAUAUAAAGAAGGGAAGCGAGGAUCUAAGAUCGUCGGCCACGCAGCUGGUGGGUUUCUCCAGAUAAAAAAUCAGAGAGCUUGGCUUAAUUAUCCUGCGCAUCACGGUCGGCGAAGGAGGCGUAACUAAAACAAAGCCCAUGGAGUUUUAUGUAGCGGACUGUCCUUCGGCGUAUAAUUCAAUCCUGGAAAGAGGUUUCCUCGUCGCUUUUGAAGCAGUUCAUCAACAUGUCAGUAAACGCUAAAAUUUCAG